AUGCAGUAUGGCAAGAAUGGAACCUCGGGGUACGCAUCUCCAUCAGAGGUUUUCUACCGACGUGCUAAUUUGCGUUCCUCAGGAUCCGCCGAGCAACCGCUCCAAGGUGUAAUGCUGUGCUUUACUUCAAUCGGCCCAGAGGACAGGAGUCGAUAUGCCGACAUUGCAAUGCAGAUGGGAGCCGAACACAAACUCGACCUGACUUCCGAUACAACCCAUCUCAUUGUUGGUAGCACAGACACCCUAAAAUAUCAAUAUGUCGCUCGAGAAAGAGAAGAUAUCAAAGUGCUACGCCCGGAAUGGAUCGAGGCUGUUCGAGACCAUUGGAUCAAAGACUUGCCCCUAGACCUCGACACCCUCACUCAGCAGUAUCGGAUGCCCACUUUGGCCGGCUUGAAAAUAUGCAUCACAGGCUUUGAUGACCUUGCCUUUCGUGCCCAGCUGCAGAAGAAUGUCAAGGAAAAUGGCGGAGAAUACACAGGAGAUCUGACCAAGGACGUCACCCACCUCAUCGCUGCCAAGCCCGAAGGCAAAAAAUAUGAAUAUGGUAUGCAAUGGCAGAAAAAGGUCGUCAGCCUCAAAUGGUACAAGGACACACUGGAGAGAGGCAUGCAAUUGGACGAGCGACUCUACCAUCCCACCGUUCCUGUCUCUGAACAAGGUCUCGGGGCAUGGAAUCGAAAAGCCCGGCGUUCUUCUCCUCAACCUGGCAAACGCCCCAGGGAAGAGAACCAUACCGGCGCCGAACCCUCUCGAAAGCUCCGGAGGACGGCAAGUGCCAAAUUCGGGAGCCAGACUCAAGAUAUGUGGUCGGAUAUUGUGGGCGGUGCUGGAUUCGAGGCCACAAAUGUUGAGCCCCCGGUGCUCAAACCUUCGAUUUCGAUGCCUGGCCUUCGAGAGCUUGCCAGACCAUCAACUGCUGCGAGCAACCACAGAGCCGAACUUAUAAAUGGGGAUCCUGCUGCUACCGGCACAACAACUGCGAAUUUGAGGUUCCUGACUGGCCGCCUGUUUGUAGUAAAAUGCUUCGAGGAGAAGAGGAGAAAACACCUUCAAAAUGUGUUGGUCGAGUACGGCGCGACAAUCAUAAACGAGGGGGAAGAUCCCGAAGAGAACAAACCUGACGAUAUAAUUAUCAUUCAGCCUCAUGACAUAGGUAAGAAAGGCUUAACACCAACCGGGCGCGUCGAAGGCGGCUCCAAGGCGGUAUCAGAGCUUUGGCUUGAAAAAUGCAUGCUUGCAAAAUCUUUCAUCGACCCAGGCAGAUACCCGCUCGGACAGAUACUGAGUGAACCCCUUUCGUGUCUGAAGGAUCUGACCAUCAACGCGACCGGCUUCGAUGGGCUAGAAGCCGUGCAUAUCUCCAAGAUUGUCACAUUAUUGGGCGGGAACUACUCGCAAAUGUUUGCUACGGGCGUCUCCAUACUGGUCUGCAAGGCCGGUAGUGCCAAAAAGGACAAACUUGAUCUGGCACAACACUUGGGCAUUCCCGCUGUCACCGAGGAGUGGCUGUGGUCAACGAUCAAUAAUCAGACCAAGGCAGAUGUUGAAAGCUAUCUUGUCGGACAACCUCGGCCGCGAACAGCCAAUAUUGAAAGGCCAGCGGAUAAAAGGAGCGCCUCAGAUGACUAUGUCGAAGUGAGCACAAUUCCUCUCCCACGAAAUGCCGGCGACCACAGAGCGAAUCAACCAUCCAAACCAGUUGGGACUGGAACACCGAAUGGACCCGCGCCAGAGAAAGCGGUCAAGAAAUCGUCUCCUCAUCUCAACAUCCAGGAGGAACCCGUGGAUGAAAUUCAUGGACAAGCCAAAGAAGGACCAUCUGCUUCUAGUAGUGAGAAUGGUGCUUCGGGACGGAGUGAGAUGAAAGAACGCUCAUAUGACGAAGGCCCGCUCCGGGUAUUGUCUCCAAACGGCAGAAACGCACGUCUGGUGAACAACCCACCUUGGAUUGGAACGCUGGACGGUAUCUCGAGAAUGGACGAUUCAACAUCAAAAGAGAACGCUCCAGCACCCUUAAUAAGUGGUGCGCGGCCUGAAGUGCAAAGCAAAACCACGGAUAUCGAAGCAAUCAAUGGUGCCAUUCGAGACAUCCUGAACGAGCACUCGAGAAAGAAAUCUGCUGGCGGCAACCAAAACGAUGCUCUGAAGAAGAAGAACAGGUUAUUCGGGCGAGCGCUGAGUAACCUGUCCAACUCGUCCACGGUUUCAAAUAUGAGGUGCUCAAGAGCCAGUUCUAUUGACAGUAUCAACACGGACGGAAUGGGUAGCGAGCUUGUUACCAUGCAGUCAGUCGAGACCCAGAGCGGUGAGAGCACAUCGACAGCUGAGAAAAGCACCUUCAACUUCACUGGACGGGCAAAGCAGACACUAGCUGCACUCAAAUCAGCUCCAUUGGACAUGGACGAUCCGGAUAUGCCCAGAAAUGUCGGUUUCCCAAAAGAGCAGGAUGCGGCACCGCCCAUGACACAGCUGGGCUAUGAAGACCCGGAAGAAGCAAUCUUGUUGCGGGAGAAACUGGCCGCAUCGAGAAAAACGGGAUCGGGAAAGGAUAGGCCAAACGACAAAGGUGAGGAAGCUCCACCUCCGCGGCGACUGAAGUCCGCGGACCGCAAGAUUCGAGACGAUGAUUUACUGGCCAGUGUCAAUGGCGGAUGGGGUGCAGGACGACGGACCCGGCAUAAGCAACGAAGCCCACCGGGUCAAGGAAUCAAGGAUUUUUGA